AUGGAUCUGUGGAACAAACCAUCUUCUAAUUCCACACCGCAGUCUGACGAUACUCCGGAUGGUCGAAUUGCGCAUACGCUGACAGCCUGUACAAGGUGUAGACAGCGCAAAUCAAGAUGUGAUCCGGGAAUCCCAAGGUGUGCCCCCUGCGAACGCAGCAAUGCCAAGUGCGUAUACUUCGAUUCCGCUCGAAAAUUUACAAUACCACGGACAUACAUCGUUUCCCUCCGCGAAAAAGCUCGCAUGCUAGAGAAAGAGCUUGCGGAAGUCGAGAAGGACUUUCAACAUGCUGCAGACGCAGAACUCAUGGUACGCGGGGCGGGUCGUAUCCGAUUCAAAGAAAAUGAUGAGUCAAGGUUCUUGGGGCCAUCUAGCGGUAUUGCAAUCACUCGCUUGGUUAUGGAGAUGGCGAAACAAAAUACAGAUUCGAAGAGCAUCAAAGAUGUGGUCCCUGAGCUGACUGCACAGGAAAUCAAGCUGGCUUUUGAAGAAGAAAGCUCUAAGCCAACGUCCAAAGUGUAUCCUAUGAUUAGCUCCAUACCUCAGCCUAAUCUCCCUACGAAGAAAUCGACCGACAGGCUGGUCGACGUAUUUGUGGUCAAAGCACAAGCGAUGCUCCCGACACUCCAUGUACCUACAUUCCGCAAGGAGGUGGAGAACGUAUUUAAUGGUUCCGAUGACCCCUGCGAAAAUUUCCAAUUACGAAUGGUCAUUGCCAUCAGUAUGCAAAAAAUGGGCCCUACUUAUGCAGGGCUGGCCGACAGUUAUUAUCUUGCCGCGUUGCCUUAUUUAGAGGCUUCUCUGAGACGUCUGGAUCUUAAAUCGCUACAGUGUCUGGUUCUAAUAGGCCAGUACUCUUUGUUGACCCCAACAAGGACUGCUGCCUACUGGGUCGUUGGCAUGGCGGUCAAGUUGUGUCAAGACUUGGGGCUAACGGACGAGGCCACGAUUACGCAACCACGCGGUGGGCGCAAGCCUAAUCCCCUGGAAAUAGACAUGCGGAGGAGACUCUUCUGGAUCGUCACAUCAAUGGAGUUUGGCCUUUCCCAUAGCCUCGGUCGGCCUAGUUGCUAUUCCAUCAACCACGAUCACGUUCGUGUCAAGUUUUUCGAAGUGUGCGACGACGGAUCUAUUCACUUCUUCAAAAUGCGGCUACUACAAGCAGAGAUAAGACGGACUCUCUAUCUGAACAAGCGCGAGACACCCACAGAUGAUCAAGAUCCAUGGUUCUCGCAAAUGCUCAAUAAACUUGAUCAUUGGGUUUCACGGACGGCGAAACACGAUGAUCGUUUUCAUGUUUCGGCCCUCUCCCCAGAUACCCGAGCCCUCGGUGAAUGCAGCAAAAAAAGGUGCUAUGACGCGUCUGUUUUCAACGUUGCUAUGCAGCGACAACAGAUUGCGACAGGAUCGGUAGAUUUGACCUGGAUUUUUACACAGUCGCUCUUCAUGGCACUCAACACCAUCCUCUGGUCCCUUUCAUAUCCCGAAAUCCGCAAGGAGCACUCGAUUGAUGAAGUCAGGGGCCACCUCGAUAUGGCACUGGAGGGUAUUAUGCUUGCUGCAGAACGGUGGCCUGGCGUUGAGUCGGCCUUACUUCUCUAUAAGAACCUUGUGACUGCGUGUCUCAAGACAUACAAUACUGAGGAAUCUUUCGUCAUCCACUCUCCGUCCAACCAUGCCACCCCAACGUCCUCUCAAGGCGUCGCGAGCCCACCAUCCAUCUCCAGCCCUGCGAGCACGACAACGUCUUUUCAAUCCCAGAGCAUCCGAGCAGGCAAGUCCUCGAACCCUGAUAGUGUAUCUUCAGGCAGCCUGUCAAGAGGCCAUUCUGCAGAGCCGGCUUUCUCGUUCUCGCAAUCUCCUACAUCGACAUCAUCAUCCGCCGCGGUAGACCCUAUAAAACCACCGCAGUAUUCCCUGUGGGAACCACGACUUCAAACACAGAAGCCCCCUUCCUCAACCGCUACUCCGACACCUUAUGCCACUGAAACGUACAGUACGCCGGCCGUAACUUACCCAGGGGUUCAAUUUAAUCCGGAAACACCACACAAUCCGUUCCCCACGGUUAUUCCCAGUUUACCUGGCUGGGACCCCAACUUCUCGCUCUCCUCCACAACGUCAAGUCAUCUAGCAUACGCCGAUGCGCAGGUGGACUCAAUGGGUUUGAUUGACAUUAUUGGGAACCAGUAUUCGCAGUAUUUCAACGGCGCAUAUCCCACUCCGCCGUGGAGAGGAAGAACUCUCAGUCAGCAGGAACAGAUCGAACUGAUGGCUUCGUUGGAGCAAAACAUUCCUGAUGUUUCCGCUCAACUGGUGCGCGAAAGUCGAACAUUUUACCAAACCUAG